AAUCGGACGUAAUAGUAGUAUGUACAUUAAAAAUGGCGUCUAUAACGUGUGUUAAGUACAUCGCCCAAUUUAGUUGCAAAUGUAACCAACUGGGAGUAAAAAGAAUGCAUAUAUUAAGUAAAUUAAAAAAUUUUUCUAAGUUAAGGCCGGUAGAUAAUAAGGUUUUACUUUUCAAGAAACCACUAUUAGCUAAUUAUUAUGUCAAGAAAAAAGAAAAAAAUCAAGGGCCUUCAGCAAAAUUCUGGUUUACUCUUGGUGGAGUUGUUUGCGGAAUAUGCAUUUCAGCUGUAGCUAUUUUAGGAAAAGCAGAAGAUGGACAAAAGGACUUAUACAAAAAUGUUAAUCCAAUCAUGGCACAUAUAUAUCGACUUCGUGACCGCUUACAUGAAUACAAAGAGUCCUUUGCAGCACCUUCUUCAGAAGUUCUAUUACCUGAUCCUUUGCCUGAACCAUAUAUUCAACCAAAGUAUACAUUGGUGUUGGAGCUUACAGACAUUCUUGUUCACCCAGAAUAUGAUAGAAAAAGUGGAUGGAGGUUUAGAAAAAGGCCUGGAGUAAAACAGUUUUUGAGCUCACUUACAAUGCCUCUUUUUGAAAUUGUUAUUUAUACUCAUGAAAAUGGUUUUAGCUCUGCACCAGUUUGUGAGGGUUUAGAUCCAGAUGGAUACAUUAUGUACAAGUUGUUUCGCGAUGCAACAAGUUAUAUUAAUGGUACUCAUGUAAAAGAUCUUUCCAAACUUAAUCGUGACAUUACAAAAGUAAUUUUAAUCGAUUGUGACCCAAAUGCAAGUAGUUUACAGCCAAGAAACUCUUUAAUACUGAAGAAAUGGGAAGGAGAUCCUAAAGAUACAACAUUAUUGGAAUUGAUUCCUUUGCUUCAUACUAUUGCUAUGUCAAAUGUGGACGAUGUCAGACCUGUACUUGAUUUUUAUCGCAAUGAAGAUGAUGUAGUUGCAGCUUUUCGACGAAACCAAGAAAUUCUUCUAAAACAACAAGAGGAGUUUAACAACGCUCAUAAACAGCAGAAAAAAAUUAGUGGAAGUGGAUUAAUUGGAAGUUUUUUUGGACGGCGUUAAAUGGUGAUCUUUUGAUGGCAUUAAAUAUCCAACUUAAAUAUUCCAAUGUUUGCGAUAUAUUAUCAUAUUUCAAAGUUGUCUAAGCGAUAUUUAUUGAUGCUCGUAGACUAAAAUAAAUUGAAUCGAUCAUUAUACAAAUGCGAUGAAGAAAUUAUGAGGAUUAUUACCAACAAAGAUGACUGGCAAAAAUUCACUAAAUUUUUUUUAUGAAAUUAUUACAAUGGUUAUACAUUUGUAAGUAGAUUUUUGGCUAAAAACGUUUUAUUUGUUCUUGCAAGCAAAUGCGUGAUGUGUUUUUAUUCCGAGAUUAGAUAUUAUUAGAAGGCAAUUUAA